AGGACGGGCUGGACCUGGCAGGACGGCUCCGAGGUCGCCGGGCUCAUCGUCGCGCCCCCGCCGCCAACCUCCGCGGCGGGGCGCCCGAACCGGUGGACCGCGGCGGCGCGUGCCGGCGGCGGCGGGGCGAAGAGCUCCUCCGCGCUGCCCGCCGACCCGGAGACCGAGGCGCUGGUGCAGAGGGUGCCCGCGUCUUUCAGGGCCAAGGUGAGAUCGGUCAUCGACAAGAUUGCCAAGGUCGAGGGCGACGCGGCGCAGAUCCUGGAGAUGGCGCAGGCCUCAGUCGACACUGGGGAGGGCCUGGACGACGAUUCCACCAUGCGGCUCCUUUCGGCGCAGAACAUGCCGCUCCUGCAGGCGCAGAGGAUACCCGUCACCGACGGCCUUAUGCAGGACGGCCUUCCGAAGGAGGUUCGUGCCGUGGCCACUGAGCUGAGGCAGAGAGUGACGAAGUCGAUAGCGAAGCUCAACCAGACCAAGAGCAAGGUCAUGGCCGCAAAGCUGAAGCAUGAAAAGGCGGCGCCCCGCGGAAAAGCUGCUGGCAAGGGCCUCGCCAAGAGCAGCGGCAAGGGGAGCGACAGCCAGGUGUCGGCGUCCGCCGAGGGGCUGCCCGAGCUGCUAGCAGCCGCGGAGGACGUGAUGGGGAAGUUGAGGGUUGAGGUGGAGAUCGCGGCCAUCACCGCGGCACCCCUCGAGGGGCCCAUGGACGGCCAGCCCAGCGAGAGCCUGGAGGCCGCCAUGAACACGGCGGUGGACGACGUGGAGAGGAUAGCCAAGAAAGCGAAGGGACUGCUCCUGGAGGCGAAGACGUCUCUGAACACCACCCUCAUGCGCAUGAGACGGCUGGCAGCAGGCAGGAAGACGGUCGAGCUGGCCAGCAUGGAGGCGAUGCAGAAGGAGCUCCCCGGCCUCAACGAGAAGGUCACGCAGUACCUGAAGGUGCGAGAGAAUUGGGAGGAGCGGAAGAGCGCCAGCAAGGUCGUGGACGAGAUCAUGGACAAGCUGGUGAGCUCCGAGAUCCUCGUGGAGAGGGCGGUGUCGAUGUGCUCCACCAUCGCGGAAACCGCGGGGGCCGCCGCCGCCGCCGCCGGCGAGGCCGCGGAGGGCGGCGGCGGCGUGGGCGCGGAGGGUAAGCCCGCAGGCUCCUCCGACACCCCGGAGACGGGGCAGGCGGAGAAGGAGAAGGCGGCCGAUGGCGACGCGAGUGCGGAGAAGGAGCCCAAGGCCACCACGACGAGGGACUCCAACGUCGCGCUCGGCAAGGCCCAGGUCGCGCUGGCGCAGGUGGGCCGCAUGAUCGAGACAAAGUUGAAGGACGUGAAGAAUCCGAGUGGUCCUCUGGGCCAGGAGCUUACUUGCCUCCGGAACAAGCACAAGGAGUUGGCCAAGACGCUCCAAGACGGGCGGCAGCGGGCCAAGGACGCCAAGUCGCAGGCGGCCUCCGACGUCUUUCUCAGCCAGCUGACGCCCGCGACCAGCAAGCUGGAGGACCUCUUACCGGGGACCCUUCGGUUCUAAGAAGUGGGACGCGCUGCAGGAGGAGAUGAAGUCCAUUGGAAAGCAGGAGCAGGUCCAGGAGCGCGCGCUCGCGGUUCUCCCGGAGGGGGCCAAGAAGGGCGAGCAGGGCGAAGAGGGGAAAGAGGCCGAAGCCAAAAAGGAGGACG